AGCUGGGAGGGAGGGAGGGGCUGACAGCAGAGGCAGACAAGGAUUAAGUCACAGCUCCUAAUUAGGACAGGCUCUCUGACACAGUCAGGUAUCUCUUUAGUCGCCUCCAGAGAUCCGUGCAGAGCUAAGUGAGUUUGGUUUUUUUUAAAUUCUUUUUUGUUUGGUUUGGUUUUCAUGUGGUAGUGAAGGCAGGAAACGGAGCGAGCAGACCUUGGUGGAAAGUGUACCUCUGGCAGAAACCCCAAGAUGCCUUCUGAGAAGGACCGAGCCAAGAAGAACCUCGUGCAGAGGCUGGCCCUGAAGAGCCGUCUGGCUAAGGAGACACUCUCUGAGUUCCUGGGCACCUUUAUAAUGAUUGUCCUUGGAUGUGGCUCUAUUGCCCAAGCAGUCCUCAGUCGAGGAAAGUUUGGUGGAAUCGUCACUAUCAAUAUUGGAUUUGCAACGGCAGUUGUGAUGGCUCUUUAUGUGACCUUUGGGGUCUCUGGGGGCCACAUCAACCCAGCGGUGUCUUUUGCAAUGUGCACCUUUGGAAGGAUGGAGUGGUUCAAGUUCCCAUUUUAUGUGGGAGCUCAGCUUUUGGGAGCCUUUGUCGGGGCUGCAACUGUCUUUGGCAUUUACUAUGACGGACUCAUGGCCUUUGCUGAUGGAAAACUGCUCAUCACGGGAGAAAAUGGAACGGCGUUCAUUUUCGCGACAUACCCAAAUCCAUUCGUAUCCGUGCCAGGUGCCUUUGUAGACCAAGUGGUGUCUACCAUGUUCCUCCUUCUGAUUGUCUUUGCCAUCUUUGACUCCAGAAACCUGGGGGUCCCCAGAGGCCUGGAGCCCGUUGUCAUUGGCCUCCUAAUCAUUGUCAUUUCCUGUUCUCUCGGACUCAACUCUGGUUGUGCCAUGAACCCUGCUCGAGACCUCGGCCCCAGGCUCUUCACUGCUCUGGCAGGAUGGGGAUUUGAGGUCUUCACAUUUGGAAAUAACUUCUGGUGGAUACCUGUCGUGGGCCCUAUGAUUGGAGCUGUCCUGGGAGGUCUCAUCUAUGUUCUUUUUAUCCAAAUGCAUCACUCGAACCCUGACCCAGAAGUGAAGGCAGAACCAGCUGAGAACAAUCUAGAAAAACACGAACUCAGCGUCAUCAUGUAGUGGCAUGACCAGGUCUAGAGUUACCAUUCAUCCUGUUCUUUCUUCAGAAAAGAUGGCAUCUGUAUGCCUGUGCAGACUUGGGGUGGGGGCAUCUACCCAACCCUCUCUAGCUGACUGGGACAAAAAAAAAUCCCAAAGGCAUCCAUGAAAAACUCUACCAGUCACCCCUCCCCAGAAUAGCACUGACUGUUUAUGACGGGUAUCUGAUGGAAGACCUUACUCCUAGGUGAUGGCUAAGAUUUUGGAAACUUGACUAUGUGCUCGGCUGGAUGGCCUCAGAGACUUCUUACCCUGUAUGAAAUUGUGUGAUCAAAGGUGAUCAAAGGUUCUGUUUUCACAAUCUAUAAAUACAUUCUAAAACUGAAAGGCCAAACAGUGGAUGCACUUAACACCUAUGAAGUGGGGAACAAAGGGUUAACCCUCUACCAAGCUGAGCACCAUCACUAGUAAAUAUCCAUCUUCUCCCAUCCUAGGGCUGGAGAAAGCAGCAGACAGCAGCUGGAAGAAGGUGGUGGCAUUUAGAAACCUCAGGACACGAGAUAAAUUUGGGAAACUGAAUGGCUUUCUUUUUAAUGGAAACCAUUUGUCAGAUUAAUCUCCCGCUCCUCUGCAUUUUAGAUGACAUCAAUUAAUUUCCAGGUCUUUAAGUAUAUAAUAACCUAAAAUAUGAUUAUAACCUUGGUCGGGAAAAAUACAUCACUCUGUCUUUUAGCACUAGAGUGAGCCAUUAGGAGAGACAUUUUUAAUAGUCGGUGGCUACUCUCAUCCAUAUCCCCAGAAGCCCAAACUAAAAGCUAGUGGACUCUACCUGGUGGACUAAAGUUGGAGGUAGAUAAAGUCCCUGGGACAAAAGGAUAAGCUCGGGCUUUAGGACCCCCCGAGACGCUUCCACGUGCCUUAUCCAGUUUGAUCCCAACAGCAAUUGUCUGAGGUAAAUGACCACCGCAUUCUUCUCAAAUGAGAAACUCAGGUGACCUGAGCAAGUUGCCCUUUCUUCUGCAGGGGGCUUUGAGCGUUGCCUUAUGCCUUCCAGAAGCUUGCUAGCCGACUGAGGGUGUUUGAGCUGAGGGCAUCGGCAACUUCCAGACGGUGUGGGCUUUGUAGAAACACCACUCCGGACCUUUGAUUUCCAUGCGCCAUGUUUACUGUUUUUAUUCCCAGUUUUACUGAGGCACGGAUGAAGGGACAAGGUAGCCGUUUGAUAAUGUUCAUUUGUGGAGAAACAGAGGCCUUUCUUCCUUAGUGGCUCUCUGUCUCCUUCCCUGCCAGCCCUCCUCAGCAUCUCCUGGAGACAUUUCUUUAACUGAUGUUACUUCCAACCAGAGAAAGAACUGUUCUGUAUCAGGGCAUGCCUUCACUGCAACUGUUUAAAAGUCCGGCGUUUCUAGAUAACAGCAAGUUUUCCCAGGUGCUUUGCAAGACUAACAGAACAAGAAACGAAUGAGAAACAUCUGUGAUAUCCUGUGCUGUGCAACCUAUGGGCAUAUAAAUUCAUUUUCUGAGUCUGAAAUUACCUGGAUAUUUUCUAGUUUAAAUAAAUUUGGGGGAUAUUAAUUGUG